AUGGUACUCAAUGAUGAUGUAAAUGACGAAAUCGAUGCGAUAAAUGCUAUCUACCCAGAUCUUCUAACGGUGGUUAAUAAUGACAGAAUAAAAAUUAAAGUUCCUCAACACGAGGAUUUCACAUUACAUCUAUCGUUUCCCGAGCACUACCCUGAAACAGAACCGCCACAUCUACUAGAAGUGAGUUUAUCUGCUAAAAUAUCAGCACUAUAUGAUGUCAAAUAUUUAAACCAUCUUUUCACUGAAGUGUUGGAAUCUGUAUUUAACCCUGGACUUGUUUGUAUAUUCGAUUUCUUGACGGAGCUCGAUGGUGUGCUUUAUACUGAGGAGGGGGAAGAGGCUUCUGGUUCAGAUGAGGUUGAUAUAUCUGAUAAAUUUGAGAAUUUAAAGAUUGAUCCCUUCGAAGGAUGGUACGUAAGUGAUCCCAUCACUGACAGAAAGAGCACGUUUAUUGCGUUUGCUACUAAAGCCAAUUCUGAAGAAGAGGCAUUCGAUAAGCUUGAGCUGUUAAGAACCGAUAAUAAAAUUGCUCGUGCUAAUCAUUUAAUGGUUGCAUGGAGAAUCAAGGGAGAGAACGGUGUCAGUUUCCAAGACUGCGAUGACGAUGGAGAAACAGCUGCAGGAGGACGAAUGCUACAUUUGAUCACAGUGAUGGAUGCAUGGAAUGUAAUUGUUGCCGUUGGAAGAUGGUUCGGAGGAGUUCAUAUUGGUCCAGAUAGAUUCAAGCAUAUAAAUUCAACAACUAGAGAAGUAAUAUUGAAGGGGCAUUUCACAGAAGCUGCUACCUCUACUUCAAGUAAGAAGAGGUCAAAAUAG